CAGAGUUUGGAGCCUCUCCCAAUGGGUGGGCCAGACUUUGGUGCCUUGGGAGAGGAAGCUGAAUUGGUUGAAGUUGAACCUGAGGCCAAGCAGGAAAUUCUCGAAAACAAAGAUGUGGUGGUUCAGCAUGUGCACUUUGAUGGACUCGGAAGGACCAAAGAUGACAUUAUCAUGUAUGAAAUCGCUGAUGUUUUCAAGGCUAAAAAUCUCAUUGAUGUGAUGAGAAAAUCGCAUGAAGCUCGAGAAAAGUUGCUUCGUCUUGGUAUCUUUAGACAGGUAGAGGUUCUGAUUGAUACAUGUCAAGGUAUGUAUUGCCUCAUUGCUCCUCACCUUUUCUCUUGUACACACAUAGACACGUGCGUAUAUAUAAUGUAUAUUUCCCUAUGGAAUAGGUUGGACCUUUUUUGUGUGUAUAACUUACUUUCCCAUGUACCUUUAUAUAUUUUAGAUGCACACGUAGGAUAUUCCUUAUGAAAAAGAUGUGUUUGCAUGUGUCUGUGUUUAUGUGUACGUGUGUAAAUAGUACUUGUAAGCAUGCAAAAAUGAGUGAAUUUCCAGCACUAAAAUAAUUACAGUACAUAUC